UUUGUGCUGUCAGCUGUUAUUCCGUGAUCAUAGUGCACAUGUAGAGAUCGGGUGAUCUUACGUCAAGUUACUUUCUUUCCGGCAUGCUUAGCUAGACCAUCUUCUGCAGACUUGUUUCCCUGCUCUAUACUGUCUUCUUCAAGUGUGCAAGCUCCUGUACAGGUGGAACAUGGAGUACGUCCAGCAGGGCUGCCUCCACGAGAUGUUCGUCCGGCAGGCGCGGGAGACUCCGGACACCGUGGCCGUGGUCUCGGACGACGGGAGGCAGCUGACGUUCGGCGAGCUGAACGAGUUGACGGACGUCUUGGCGCUCAACCUGCAGCUGAAGGGCGUACAAGUGGACACCAUCGUCGGGAUCUAUCUGGAGAAGUGUCUGGAGUACCCGAUCGCGUACAUCGCCACUCUCAAAGCAGGUGCAGCGUACAUGCCGCUGGAUGUGUCGUACCCAGACCCACUUCUCAUCGACAUCCUGAGGGACUGUGAACCCGCCGCCGUGCUGACCAGUCCUGACCUCGCCGGAAGGGUCAAAGGUGUGACAUGUGUUGUGUUUGAUGACAACUGGCAGGAGAAGAUUAAGGAAGAGAACAAAGAACUGCUGGGGAUAUGGCCAGGAACAUGUCAACCUCCCCAUGUAGAUCUGGACAACCUUGCCUAUGUUGUGUACUCCUCUGGAACAACAGGGAAGCCAAAAGGCAUCAUGUGUCCCCACAGAGGUGCUGUGUUCUCCUACCACUGGCGCCACGAGAACUACCCGUUUGCUGAGGACGACAGAGUAGCGUGUAACGUGUUCUUUGUGUGGGAAAUGUUGCGGCCACUUCUCAAAGGCAUCCCCCUGUAUGUGAUCCCUGAUGAUGUCAUCUAUGACCCCACCCUCCUUGUGGAGUUCCUGAGUCGACAUCGCAUCACCCGGAUCCUCUUCACCCCAUCCCUGCUCGAGGCUGUUCUAGACACCGAGGGAGUCAACCUUAACAAUCUACAGAACCUCCGACUGAUCUGGCUGUGUGGUGAGGUGGUCACCACAGGUUUUUGCGAGCGUGUGUGUAAGUCUCUGCCCUGGGUCCAGCUUCUCAACCUUUACAGCGUCUCAGAGACACACGACAUCGCAGUGGAGGACCUCACAGCCUACUACAAGGCAUCACAAGAGUCACUAAGUCAGCGGAAGUUCUGUCCAGUAGGAAGGCUACUUGAAGGUGUGAAGGUUUACAUCAUGAACGAGGAGCUACAGCCACAACCUGUGGGUGUCCCAGGAGAGAUCUACAUCACAGGUCCAACCCUGGCGAAGGGCUACAUCAACCGACCCCAGCUGAACCAGGCGCGCUUCCUUCCGUGUCCCACCAGACUGGCGCUGAGUGACGGGGACAAGCUGUACAAGACGGGGGACUGGGGGUAUCUACUGUCUGACGGACGGCUGGAGAUCUGUGGCAGAUGUGACACCAUGGUCAAGAUCAGGGGAUACAGUAUUGAGAUACAGGCUGUGGAGGCUGCCCUACUGGAGCUGCCCUUGGUGAAUGCCUGCGUGGUGCUGGCCCAGGGCGAGGAGGGGACAGACAAGUUCCUGGUGGCGUACGUCGUCCCCGAGGGAGAGACCAGCAGGAGGGAGAUCCGAGCCGAGCUGAAGAGACGACUGCCCUUCUACAUGAUCCCUGCUCACUUUGUCUUCCUCGACAGCAUCCCACUCCUGCCCUCCUCUGGAAAACUAGACAAGAAGGCGCUGCCUCCGCUGGACAUGGGCGGGGAGGCCGAGGCUGACGAGACAGGGGCGCCCGCCACCGACACGGAGAGGGCGCUGGCCUCACUCUGGUGCUCCAUACUACAGCUCAAGACUGUGGAUGUACAGGAGAGCUUCUUCGAUCUGGGAGGUCACUCCCUGUUGGCAGCUAGGCUCCUGUCUAAGGUGAAAGAAGAGCUGGAUGUGGUCCUGUCAGUGAAAGACCUGUUCCAACACCCCACCGUCUCCUCCAUGGCCCAGCUACUGGACACCAGACAGGCUCCCGAUAGGAAACGCAGCGCAUCAGAGCCUUCGGAACGUAAACUUGACCUGCAGAAGGAAGUGGACCUGUACGACCAGGCAGGGGUCAGUCUGGACAUACAGCUGCGAGCAUUUUGGCGGUCAGUCCAGUACGGAAACCGCUGGAACAGUGGAGGGGUCCUGCUGACCGGGGCCACAGGGUUUCUGGGAGCCUUUAUUUUGAGAGAUCUCCUCAGAAGUACAAAGGUCCAUGUGUACUGCCUGGUGCGUGAGCUUCCUGAGCUGAGUGCCAAAGAGCGCCUGCGGGACAACCUACAGUACUUCGGCAUCCUUCCUCAAUGUAACGGCAGAAGCAGUCCUAAUAAGAACAUGUUCCCGACUGGAAAUUACAGUGGAAGACUCAGCCCGGGACACAACAGCCCAUCUAGAAGCCGCAGCCCGUCGGGAAGACACAGCCCGUCCGGACGCCGUUCCCCGUCAGGCCGCCGCAGCCCGCUGAGCAGUCGGAACCACCUGGCCGUGAGUCCCGGGUACGGGGGUCAUGUUACCGAGGAGAUGGAGGAGAUGGAGAAGGCUUUUGAGGAAAGAAUCACAUGUAUUAAAGGUGAUGUAUCCCUGAUGAACCUAGGCAUGAGUGACGAGGACUACAACUUCCUCAGCCACGAGAUUGACUUCAUCGUCCAUGCAGCUGCACAUGUCAACCUUAUCUAUCCAUAUGAGGCCCUACAUGGCCCCAAUGUCCUGGGGACUCAGAAUGUGGUGCUGUUUGCCUGCACCAACAAGAUCAAACCCCUUCACUACAUCAGCACGAAUGCAGUGUUCCCCCACGGCUGCACACAGUGUGGGGAGGAGGAGGACAUGCUGCAGUACGCCUCUCAGCUGACAGAUGGCUACGGGCAGACCAAGUGGGUGGCUGAGCAGCUGGUGCUGAGGGCCAAGGCCAGGGGCUUACCUGUCACUGUGUAUAGACUGGGUAACCUGUCAGGAGACAGUCAGCAGGCCUUCUGGAACCCUGCAGACUUCAUCCUGCUUACCCUGCAGGCCUGUGUGGACACCAUGACUGCACCGGACAUAGACUGGGAGAUUGAGAUGACACCGGUAGACUUUGUGAGUGAGACCAUCGUGAUGUUGUCACAGAACAUCAUGUUGGCAGCAGGAAAGAUCUUCCACCUCAUCAACCCACAGCCCAUCAAGUCACAAACCCUGUUUGACUGGAUGCGUGUGAAUGGAUACCCUUUGAAGUUACUCCCUCACAAGGACUGGUGCAGCAGGGUAGAAGAGCACAGUCGUGAGCAGGGAGAGGAGUCUGGGCUGGGCACCAUGAUCAGAGACCCAGCAGUGUUCACAGCCAAAAGCACCUACAAUAUGCACAACUUCAACUUCGUGAUGUCGGCACUGGGACUGAUGUACCCGGAGAUCACCCGGGAACGACUCAGGACGUACUUCCACAACCUCACGCAGCGAGGGGUGCUCGCUUGUAACAAGAAACUGCGUGCAGCGUCUGGUCCGCUGGCUGGGAAGGUGGCGGUGGUGACAGGUGCGUCCAGCGGUAUCGGUGCCAGCACGGCCCUGUACCUGGCACGUGCAGGUGCGCAGGUGGUGCUGGUGGCACGCCGGGUGGACCGACUGCAGCAGCUGCAGAAGGACGUGGAGGCAGAGGGAGGCAUCGCCAUCGUGGCCAAGGCUGACGUGGUCAACAAGAAAGAGGUGAAGGACAUGAUGAAGCAUGUGGAGACGACCCUAGGUGGUGUGGACGUGCUGGUGAACUGUGCUGGUGUCAUGUACUACACCAUGAUGAAGAACAUGCAGGAGGAACAGUGGGAGAGACAGGUCGACCUCAACUGUAAGGGUGUGCUGAACUGUAUCGGAGCUGUGCUACCAGGCAUGGUGGACAAACAGACGGGCCACAUCAUAAACAUGUCCUCUGAUGCAGGACGAAGGGGUUUUGCAGGUCUUGCCGUGUACUCAGGCACAAAGUUCUUCAUCGAGGGCCUGUCUCAGGGGAUGAGACAUGAGCUGUCAGGGGCAGGCAUCAGAGUCACGUGUAUCCAGCCAGGGGACGUCAAGACUGAACUUCUGGGACAUACAACAGACAUGGAGGCUAAGGAGCAGUUUGAUGGCAGCGGACAGUGCACCAUCCUAAACCCAGAAGACGUGGCCAACGCCGUGGUGUACGCAGCCAGUCAGCCGCCUCAUGUCGGCGUGAACGAGAUUCUCAUUGAACCAAGGGAGGCACCAAUCUAGACAUUUGGUGUGCUUCAGAUUUGAUAUAAUGAUCCUACUACUUUGGACUGUCUUUUAUUGAUGCGGACAGUCAUAUACCCGAUUUACACGUGGGCAAAACCUGAUGAAUCAAAAACUGUGUAUGCACACAAGCAUACAAAAGAAUGUAUAAAAACUAUGUAGGUCAAAUUUUUCCUGCGUCUAAAUCAGCCUGCUUGGAGGUACAACCAAGAAUGUGUGUUCAGAUCCUACGCCAGCACUCGGGUUAAGGUAUAGUCGAAAAGUAGGCCAAGUUUACAUGAAGGAAAAAUGCGUAUGUUCUUUUCGUAUGCUUGCGUGUGUGAACAGUUUUCAGACCAACAGGUUUUUGCCUGCAUGAAAAUUAGGUCAUAUAGAAAAGGCUAUGAGAGACAUGCUUCAGGGCAACCACUGUGGUAACUAAGAUAUAAACAACAAAGAAGAAAAGUUUAAAUAUGUCUCUGCAGUUCAUAUAGCAGAUGGCUUAAAAUGAUGUCUUUCAAAUCUCAUUAUUGAUAGUAAGGAUACUGAAAGCAUUCCCUGUACAGUCCAUAUACUGGAGAAACAUUCAGACAAGCAAUUCAGCUUCUCAUAUACAUGAUAUAUGUAGGUUACUAGUAGAUGAAAUUGCAGACACUUGUUGCCAAAUAGAAAGUGUUCAAUGUUGCCAAAUGUACACUCAGCAGACAUUUUGUUGGCCAAUAGAAUGAUAAAAGAGACUUCUUGUCACCUCAGUUAAAAAUGUGGAAAGUGCUAAAUUCAAAAUGUUGUCAUUAUACUUUUGUACUAUGCUAAAUUAUUUACUAAUUUAAAUUAUAAUAGUCUUUAAUUUCAUAGAGAAAGCUCAAUAAUAUUAUAUGUACAUCAACAGUACUUGUAUGUAUUAUCAGUAACAAAAUACAUGUAUGUAGGGAAAAUGGUCCAGCAAUACAUAGUGUAUGAUAGUUAUUUGUAAUGCUGUUUUUGGUUUUUCUUUGAAAGGUUUGUCACAUUUGUCUUCGAUUUUAUUCAAAUGAUCACUUUUAUACUCCAAACCUUGCAAAUUGGACACAUAGACAUAGCAAUGAGGGGGUGAAUUUAUAGAAUAUAAAUCAGUCAUGUUCUGAACUUUGAUGUGGUUAACUACACUUAUCAAAAUUUUGUGUCAUUUAUUGUCAUUAGUUUUAGUGAAGUUAAAGUCCUUCCCACACCACGUAGUGCAUAGGGCAGUGCCCAUCUCCGGUUCAGUAGCCCAUGGGCCACACAAUUGACAAUGUGCAAU